AUGGCCCAUGCUGCGGCCCACCUGAAGAAAGCUCGAGAACUCGAGCAAAGUGCGGAGUACAGAGCUCUGCAGAAAGCCAGGGAGAGGAGGAGACGGCAGCGUGAGAGAGCCGAGCGAAAGCGGCAGUCCGACAGUAACACCAGUUUCCUGCGGGCUGCCAGAGCCGGGAACAUUGACAAAGUCCUUGACUUCCUGAAAAAUGGAGUGGACAUCAGCACCUGCAACCAGAAUGGUCUGAACGCACUACAUCUGGCUGCUAAAGAGGGACACAAGGAUUUAGUGGAGGAACUGUUGGAGAGAGGAGCACCUGUUGACUCUUCCACCAAGAAAGGAAACACCGCCCUCCAUAUUGCCUCGCUGGCCGGACAAAAAGAAGUAGUCAAACUGCUGGUGACGAGAGGGGCAGAUGUCAACUCUCAGUCACAGAAUGGCUUCACUCCACUUUACAUGGCAGCCCAGGAGAGUCACUUGGAGGUGGUGCGAUACCUGCUGGAAAAUGAAGGGAACCAAAGCAUUGCAACAGAGGAUGGCUUCACUCCACUCGCCAUCGCUCUCCAGCAGGGCCACAACUCAGUGGUCUCCCUGCUGUUGGAGCACGACACCAAGGGCAAGGUCCGCCUCCCGGCCCUGCACAUCGCAGCCCGCAAAGACGACACGAAGUCUGCCGCGCUGCUGCUCCAGAACGACCACAACGCUGACGUUCAGUCUAAGAUGAUGGUCAAUAGAACCACGGAGAAUGGGAAGAGCGGGUUCACCCCUCUGCACAUAGCGGCUCACUAUGGUAACGUGAAUGUCUCCACCCUGCUGCUGAACAGAGGAGCUGCUGUCGACUUCACAGCCAGGAAUGGGAUAACACCUCUCCAUGUGGCCUCCAAGAGGGGAAACACCAACAUGGUGGCCCUGCUGUUGGACCGAGGGGCUCAGAUAGAUGCUAAAACCAGGGAUGGGCUGACCCCCCUGCACUGUGCAGCCCGGAGUGGACAUGACCCAGCAGUGGAAAUUCUGCUGGAGAGAGGAGCCCCCAUCUUAGCCAGAACCAAGAACGGACUGUCCCCACUGCACAUGUCGGCCCAGGGAGACCACAUAGAGUGCGUUAAACUCCUGCUACAGCACAAGGCGCCCGUUGAUGAUGUCACACUGGAUUACCUCACGGCGCUGCACGUCGCCGCUCACUGUGGCCACUACAGAGUCACCAAGCUUCUGCUGGACAAGAAGGCCAAUCCCAAUGUUCGAGCACUGAAUGGUUUCACUCCUCUUCAUAUCGCUUGCAAGAAGAACAGGGUUAAGGUCAUGGAACUGUUGGUCAAAUAUGGAGCCUCCAUUCAGGCCAUUACUGAGUCUGGCCUGACGCCCAUCCAUGUAGCUGCCUUCAUGGGCCACCUCAACAUUGUUUUACUUCUGCUACAGAAUGGAGCAUCUCCAGACGUCCGUAACAUUCGUGGUGAGACAGCUCUCCACAUGGCAGCACGCGCAGGUCAGAUGGAAGUGGUUCGCUGUUUGCUGAGAAAUGGAGCGUUGGUGGAUGCCAUGGCCAGGGAGGAUCAGACUCCCCUCCACAUCGCGUCCCGCCUGGGGAAAACUGAUAUCGUCCAGUUGCUGCUGCAGCACAUGGCCCAUCCAGAUGCUGCCACCACCAACGGCUACACUCCCCUCCACAUUUCAGCCAGGGAGGGCCAGGUAGAGACGGCUGCUGUGCUGCUGGAGGCCGGAGCCUCACACUCACUGGCCACGAAGAAAGGAUUCACUCCAUUACAUGUAGCAGCAAAGUAUGGAAGCCUCGAUGUAGCACAACUUCUCCUUCAACGCAAAGCUCUCACUGAUGAUGCUGGCAAGAAUGGCCUGACUCCGUUACAUGUGGCAGCUCAUUAUGACAACCAAGAUGUAGCUCUGCUGCUGCUGGAUAAAGGAGCAUCGCCUCAUGCCACUGCAAAGAAUGGCUACACUCCUCUCCACAUUGCAGCCAAAAAGAACCAGACAAACAUCGCAUUAGCGCUGCUGCAGUAUGGAGCAGAGACCAACAUUCUCACCAAGCAGGGAGUCAGCCCUCUGCACCUGGCAGCCCAGGAAGGACACGCUGAGAUGGCCAGCCUGCUGCUGGGCAAAGGAGCUCACGUCAACGCAGCCACCAAGGCUGGACUGACUCCUCUGCAUCUCACAGCCCAAGAAGACAGGGUUAAUGCAGCAGAAGUACUGUCCAAACAUGAUGCAAAUUUGGAUCAGCAAACUAAGCUCGGAUAUACCCCUCUAAUAGUGGCCUGUCACUAUGGAAAUGCCAAGAUGGUGAGCUUCCUGUUACAGCAAGGGGCCAGCAUCAACGCCAAAACCAAGAAUGGAUACACACCCCUUCACCAGGCAGCACAACAAGGGAACACACACAUUAUCAAUGUGUUGCUACAACAUGGCGCCAAGCCCAAUGCUACUACAGUGAAUGGAAACACUGCUCUGUCUAUUGCCAAACGUUUGGGUUACAUCUCUGUAGUGGACACACUGAAAGUCGUCACGGAGGAGGUCAUCACCACAACAACGACGGUCACAGAGAAACACAAGCUCAAUGUUCCUGAGACAAUGACUGAGACCCUUGACGUUUCUGAUGAGGAAGCUUUGAGGAUGGAAGAUGAGCCAUUAUCUGAGAUGCCUGUGGAGCUUGAAGGUGAGGACACUAUGACAGGUGAUGGAGGAGAGUAUCUGAGAGCGGAGGAUCUCAGAGAGCUGGGAGACGACUCUCUGCCAGGACACUACCUGGACGGCUUCAGCUACAUGAGCCACAACCUCGACAGGCCGCAACACACUCCCAUUCACCAAAGCUUCCAUCAGAGAGAAGGAGUCCUCAUCGAAGACAUGCUGACAAGCCACCAGGUGAGGACAAAGUCGCUGUCUAGAGAGCACGACAAGGACUCGUUCCGUCUGAGCUGGGGUGCUGAGCACCUUGAUAACGUGGUGCUGUCCUCCAGUCUGCUACACUCUGGCCAUUCCUCUCCGUGCCUAGACCAUGACAACAGCAGCUUCCUGGUCAGCUUCAUGGUAGAUGCCAGGGGCGGGGCCAUGCGUGGUUGCCGUCACAAUGGGCUGCGAAUCAUUGUACCGCCAAGAAAGUGUUCUGCACCUACGCGGGUGACAUGCAGGCUGGUGAAGAGACACCGCCUGGCCUCUAUGCCUCCUAUGGUGGAGGGUGAGGGGCUGGCUGGUCGCAUCAUAGAGGUGGGACCCACUGGUGCCCAGUUCCUGGGUAAGCUCCACCUUCCCACAGCUCCGCCCCCUCUAAAUGAGGGUGAGAGCCUGGUCAGUCGCAUCCUGCAGCUGGGUCCUCCAGGGACCAAGUUCCUCGGGCCUGUGAUUGUAGAGAUCCCCCACUUUGCAGCUCUGCGGGGCACAGAGAGAGAGCUAGUGAUCUUGAGGAGUGAGACGGGGGAGAGCUGGAGGGAACAUCACUGUGACUUCACUGAAGAGGAACUGAACCAGAUACUUAACGGCAUGGAUGAAAAACUUGAUUCUCCCGAGGAACUUGAAAAGAAAAGAAUAUGCCGCAUCAUCACCCGUGACUUCCCACAGUACUUUGCAGUGGUGUCACGGAUAAAGCAGGACAGUCAUUUGAUUGGACCAGAGGGCGGCGUCCUCAGUAGCACUCUUGUGCCCCAGGUCCAGGCAGUCUUCCCUGAGGGAGCCCUCACCAAGAAGAUCAGAGUUGGGCUACAGGCUCAGCCCAUUGAUGUAGAGGUGGUGAGAAAGAUUCUUGGUAACAAAGCGGCAUUCAGUUCAAUUGUCACAUUGGAGCCAAGAAGGAGGAAGUUCCACAAACCAAUCACCAUGACAAUCCCUAUCCCCAUGAGCUCCAUCAGUGACGGGCCAAGCACAGAGUUCACUGGGGAGACACCCACCUUACGUUUGCUUUGCAGCAUUACGGGUGGAACCACUCCUGCCCAAUGGGAGGACAUAACCGGCUCUACACCUCUCACUUUUGUUAACCAGUGUGUUUCCUUCACCACAAAUGUGUCAGCGAGGUUCUGGCUGAUAGACUGCAGACAGGUCCAGGAGUCUGUUAGCUUUGCCUCUCAGCUGUACAGAGAGAUCAUCUGCGUUCCAUACAUGGCCAAGUUUGUCAUUUUUGCAAAGACACUGGACCCCAUUGAGGCCCGUCUGCGCUGUUUCUGCAUGACAGACGACAAGAUGGACAAGACCCUCGAACAGCAAGAGAACUUCACUGAAGUUGCCCGUAGCCGAGAUGUUGAGGUGCUGGAGGGAAAACCUAUAUUUGCCGACUGCUUUGGAAACCUGGUGCCUCUUACCAAGAGUGGACAGCACCAUGUGUUCAGCUUCUUUGCCUUCAAAGAGAACAGACUGGCCCUCUUCAUCAAAAUCAGAGACACAGCGCAGGAGCCAUGUGGUCGCUUGUCCUUCACCAAGGAACCGCGCACGUACCGUAGUCUUACCCACAAUGCUAUUUGCAACCUUAACAUCACUCUCCCAACUUACUCAAAGGAGUCUGAUUCAGACCAAGAUGCAGAUGACGAGAGCGAGAAGAGUGACAAGAAAUAUGAUGAAUCUGAAUCAACUGAGACAUUCUCCCUGAGAACUAACCAACCUCUUGACCCUGCAACCCUUGCAAGCCCCGAUCUUCUCUCAGACAUGUCGGAUGUCAAAAUGUCUGUAAUUUUGACUGCAGAGCAAAUGGAGCAUUUGCUAUAUGAAGAGAGAGCUGGAGCUAGGGGUGUAGAGGAAAAAGAGCCUUUGGCCAUUGUGGAACAGUUCAAAGACAGGCUGGAAAAGGUUGGAGAGAUUCAAAGAGAUGGAAUAAACAAUAGUAGACAGGAAGCACAACGAGAUUAUGCUAAAAAAGAAAAAUGGAGUUCAAUCUAUGAGACUAAGACUGUUGAAGUGAAGCAUCCACCCGUCAUGGAACCGGUCUUACAGGAGAUAUGCAUUGAGGGGAAGAGUUCAAGUAGAGCUGACACAGAGGUCAGGGACAUGACAGGAAUGGUCUCACACCUCACAAUGGACAUUGACCAGUACCUGGAACAGAGACCUGUAGUGACAUAUGGUUCUGAAGAAGACCUUCUCCAAGACAGAUUUGAACAGGUUAUUGUAAGGCGUGAUGGCAAACGGCGUCCCCCAGAUAUCAAGAAACCUAUUAGGAAGAAACUUAGAGACAGAGACCGUUCUGGAUGUAGCAGCUCUGAGGGUGAGCUGGAAAGAAUGAGCUCUGAGGAGUCUUUAGAUGGAGAUGCUAUUCUUAAGGAGAGUGCCCAUGUACCCACCACAGCUAUGGGUCCUCCAGCUUCUCCUUCAGUGGUUGAGACACCUAUAGGAUCUAUAAAGGACAGAGUUAAAGCUUUACAGAACAAAGUCAAAGAGGAGGAGGUACAAAAAAUUACUCAGGAACUAAUUCCUCAGGCAAAAUCUUCUAUCACCAUAAAGAAGACUGAGGCAGACAUGCCAGAACUUCCCAGAGUUCCCAAGUCUCCCAGAUCCCCCAGAUCUCAGACAGAAAGAUUAGAGGAGACCAUGUCUGUGAAGGAUCUGUUGAAAGCAUUCCAGACUGGACAGGACCCUUCAAAAAAUAAAGCUGGGCUUUUUGAACACAAAGCAGUGGUGUCUUCUCGUAUUUCACCAUUGAUAUUUGAAUCAGAUGAUUCUGAAGAGACACAAAAGACUGAACAAAGUCCCAUGCAGGAGCCAAAAUCACAAAUCCAAACUCGGGAGCUCACAAUUUUCAACCAACAGAGUGGUGUUAAAAUAUGUGACAAAACAGGCCUUGAGGAUCAACCAGUUAGCCGUCAGAGAGAGGAGCCAGGGUUGUCAGGGGUGAGCCUAGGCAGAAUCCAGUUAGAAGAACCAGUCAUUGGCACUGGUAGGAGUUUAUCUGAAGAUUUACAGAUCAGCCCUGAUCGCAGACCUUCUGAGGACUUCAGUGCCGACAUAAAGGCUGAACUGGAAGAAAGUCCUGAGUACCAGCUUUUUAAGCAGACAUCAGCAGCUACAGAUAUGAGCUAUCAGCUGGAGGCACCUGAGCAGGAAACCUUGGAUGAUGAUUCUGUGACAAAUCCACUAUCAGUCUCCAGUCACUCGAAAGAGUCAUGCCAUCCAGACUCGCUAGAGGCAAGUCCUCUCAUGGAGGAUAGAUCUUCAAAGACAUCCCCUGAUUCAAUUGAGCCAAGCCCUACCAGAGAAUCCCCUUGUCCAGAUUCUCUUGAGGGUAGUCCCAAUCAAUCAAAGGAUUCAGAACUUAAGAUGCCAUCCAAAACAGCUGUGUAUGAGGAUUAUGCCUCCCAGCUAGAAGCAUGUUUUGCUUAUGGCAAAAAUAUUUACAAGGAUGAAAAUGAACAUGGUGAACAAGAAAACAAAUAUGAGAUCAUCCAAACAGACCCCAGCAUGUGUGACAGUGAGAACCCUCACACACCCAUAAGGCAAGACUCUCUUGAAACAGAUGACGGUGAGGAUAAUACCACCAAUAAACAAUUCACCCCAGAAGAGGAGAUGUUUAAAAUGGCUGCAAAGAUCAAAACAUUUGAAGAGAUGGAACAGGAAGCUAAAAUGAAGAGAGAUGCAUUUUUAGAUGUCACUUCACUGUCAGAGACAGAUGAUCACAAACAAGAAUAUGUUAUUCCACGGUGUCAGGGUGAAGAUGAUGAAACCUUCCAUGCACAGACUGAGGCUAAGGAACAGAUAAAUCUUUUUUCUGUGGAGGAGAGAAAAACACCUAAUGAAACACCUGUUCAAACACCAGUUAAUGAGAGAACGCCUGAUCCAUUUCAGUUUCAAGAGGGGAAACUAUUUGAAAUGACCAGAGGGGGCGCUAUUGAUAUGACAAGAAGAAGCUCUGAUGAAGAAGGGGAAGGAUAUGCAUUUUUUCACAUAGGAGAACAUCCAGUUGAUGAAGUUAUGCCAGAGGAGACAGGGGGUUGUCAAACAAAGUCUUUAACCUUAGAGAAUAGUGAUUCUAUUACAGAUACCACCCUUCAAGAGGUCCCACAAUCAUCUGUGACUGAGAGUGCCAAUGACAAAGUUCCUACUCCCAAACCUAGAACUCUCAUCAGAUCCUCAAGUCACAAGUCAGAGAAGGAUGUAUUUCAAUCCAAGCAUACCUGGGAUGACACUGUGGAAACUCAGAUGCAGAGAGUCAUCGAUGACCAAACUCCAGAAUGCACGCCAGUGGAUUGGCAGGAUGAUGCUGACAGGAAAGAGGAGACAUUAGCUAUCAUUGCAGAUCUUCUUGGCUUCAGCUGGACUGAGCUGGCAAGAGAACUGGAAUUCAGUGAGGAUGAUAUCCAAUUAGUAAGAACAGAGAAUCCAAAUUCCCUCCAAGAGCAGAGCCAUGCCUUGCUGCAGCGCUGGGUUGAGCGGGAAGGUAAACAUGCCACAGAGGACUGUCUGAUUAAGAGACUAACCAAGAUCAACCGCAUGGACAUCGUCCAUCUUAUUGAAACCCAGAUGAACAAGUCAGUUCAAGAGCAAACAUCUAGAACUUAUGCAGAGAUAGAGAAGACUCUGGAUCACAGUGAAGCCCUAUCUUCAGUGCAAGAGGAUGCAGACAGUCCAAGAGUUGUGAGAAGGGUGGAGUCAGACCGCAGACCACCCCCAGCUGUUUCUGAAGAGGACCUCUCAGUGGCUUCCCUGCUGGAUAUUCCUUCAUGGGCCGAGCCUGCUGGACACACCCACUCAGAGAGCAUGCAUGGUGACCUGUUGGAGGAGCUUGAGAUCCCACAUGAUGAAACCUCUGAAGAUGAUCAAAUUGACGACUUCGAAGACCUUUCACCUGAAGAUCGAUGCCCUACAGAGGAUAUUGAUACCCGAAGAGUGAGCAUGUCAUCUGUUGCACAGCUUGCAGAAGGGAACUUGGAGACAUCCUCAGAUGAGGAUAGGCCAAGGACCAGUGGACAUCUUUCAGAAGAAUCUCUGACUCCAGUAGACUCUGAGUGUUUUGCCUCUCAGCCCACUUCAGUUAAACCCAAAGCAGAGGUGACUUCAUCAACCUCUGAUGAGGAGUACAGCAUUCCACCUGGGUAUGCAGAGAGCUGCUCUGCCACAACCAUCUAUCACGUGCCUCCAGAAUACUCAAAAGUUGUGCGUAGUGGUCCAGACAGCCCGACCUUUGAAUAUUCUGACCCAGAGCCUUACUUUGACUGCAAGCAGGCUGCAUCAGAUUUCUCAGAGACUGAGCUUGAUGAAGCUGAUCCAAGUACUAGGUCAAGUGGAGAUCAGCCCCACGAUCAUCUAAGCCAUCCCAGAGUGGUGGAAAAGGAGAUCACCGCAGAGCUCGGAUCAAUGUCAGAAAGUUCAGAUGAUGAAUUUUUGACUACCAGAAUAGUGCGAAGGAGAGUUGUCAUUCAGGCUGAUGAAAUGCCUGACCUCCCUACUCAGUCAGUGACGGAAGAAAAGUACAAGGAUGAAAAUGGACAUAUUGUUGUCAAAAAGGUCACCCGUAAAAUUAUACGCAAGUGUGUUUCUGCGGACGGUGUGGAACAUGAACAGGUGUCAGUAGAAGGAGAUCCCCAGGGGUCCAUCAGUAUGGCGGAGGGAGACGGAUACUCUAAGGUGGUGAAACGGACUGUCCUGAAGAGUGAGGGAGACCACACAGAGGUGACAUUUGCUGAAUGUGAGGGUUUCUCAGCAUCAAGGCAGGACACAGUUGAAGGUUGUAAGGUCAGUCACGUAGAAAAGACAACGGUGGUGGAGGGUGAAAGGACACUGACACACCAGGGUGAUCCAUCUUUGGCUUCAGACCUGCCCUCAGCCCAAGACGAUUUCAGACAGGCACUAGGUUAUAUAAGCGGUUUUAGCAGAACAGAGCUCCCUCAUGUGGUAGAGAGGGAGACUGUCAAAGAAGAUGGAACUGUGGUCAGGAGGGCCCACAUGCGUAAAGGUCGCACCCUCAGACGAACAGUGGUGAAGGGAGCUGGGCAGCGCAAACAGGUCCUUCUAGAGCAAGUGGACAACCCCAGAAAAGGGUCUAAACCACGUGAUCUCCAGCAGCAUCUCCACCAGCUCUUUCACCAUUAUUACGAAGAAGAAACGGAGGACAAUGAUGCGGACGAGGAGGAGGAGGAAGAGUAG